GGCGCAUUCAGGCUCCGCCCAUCACUCUUCAUCCCUCGCAGGCUCACCUCUCUUACCCAGUACCUGAGAUGGCGCGCACACAUGCGGCGUGCCCGCUGUUUGGCGCGCUGCCCGCGUCGGCCGACGAGCUGGGCCGCUGCCGGCGCUGCGGCAAGAGGUUUCCCGGCGCCGCGGCUGCCGCUGUUGCGGCGGCCGUGCCGCCGCUGCAGCCACGGCUCCCCGCGCCAGGGGAUGGCUCUGCUGCAGCUGCCCCGCCGUCCGUCGACGACGGCACUGGUCUGACCCAGGCUGCCGUGCACCUCACCCUAAACGAUUCCGACAUCGACGUCGACAUCGAGGCUGCAAGGGCACCAGGCGCCGCCGUCGCAGCCGCCGCGCUGGCGGCCGCGCCAGCAGCGCCCUAGGCGGCAGCACCGACUGUUUCCUGGCCGCCCCAGGCGAUGCUGGACAUCCAUCUCUUGUCGGAUUUCGCGGAGCAUGAGAUCUUGCAGCAUUUCGGAUUUGCCCAGGCCGUCAACAACGCUGAGUUGAUUCAGCCGGGUGUCCCGGUCACUCUGCCGCGCUCCUGGCAGGACAUGCAGGGGUUGUUGAGGACGCGCGCCUACGACCCCCGGACCACCGAUCUGCGGCGACGGCGCGGCAUGGCCAUGUGCGAGAGCCUGGAGCCCACGGCCUCGAGCAUCGCUGCCCGCGCCCGGUCGGUGCAGUCAUUGCUAGGGUUUGCUCAACGCGCGGGUUGGCCAGCCACGGACGUGCAGAACGCCAGCGAGUCCCUCCUCACGGCGACUGCCGCCGAGGCCCCGUGCCCGGAGAAGCUGGGGCCGCUGCCGAGGGGGCGCGGGAAACUCAAAGCCAGCAGGGUCCCGCUGCCGCGCGAGCUCGGCCCAGUGGCCCUCGCGUUCGCCUGAAUAUCCCGGCGGCCCCUAAGCAGGUCGUCCGCGAGGCCCGGGGUUUGGCCACUUUGGCUGAGAAGGGCGACGACGUGCGCUUGUGGAUUUCGCUGGCGGGGCGGGCGGCCGUGUUGUGGGCGCCGGAAUUGACCGACGCCCUCACCCGCUGCCUCACGGGGUUGUUCCGCGUGCCGCCAGAGGGCCGCCCGUCAUCCGUCCGUCUAGUGACCACAGUUUCCCUGAUGCCUGGCAUGUCCACGCCGGCGGGCGUGAUGGACCUCUGGCGGCACCCGCUGCUGGGCGACACAUGGGCUCCCCGUCCAGGAUAUCAUCUUUUCGGAGGAGUGUAUAUAUACACCAAUCCAUUCCCCGGGUGUAGAAUUUAUAGCAGUUUUUUUUUUCGGUGCCGCUUGUUUUCCAUUGCUUUUUCGUUUACAUGUGCUUCAUUUUCCCUCUGCUGCACCGCGCGUCUUCCUCCUCAUUUACCCACCUCCCCCCGCCCCCCUCCGCUCGCAGCCGCGUCCGCUGCGUUGCCUGCUGCAUGCUGCUGGUGGACCGUCGUUACCA